AUGUUCAUUGGUGGCCUGAACUGGGAGACUACAGACCAAUCACUGAGAGAUUACUUCUCGCAGUUCGGCGAGGUUGUAGAAUGCACCGUUAUGAGAGAUGGCGCCACCGGUCGCUCGCGUGGCUUCGGAUUCCUUACCUUCAAGGACCCAAAAACAGUGAACAUUGUUAUGGUCAAGGAACACUACCUUGACGGCAAGAUCAUCGACCCGAAGCGCGCCAUUCCCCGCGAUGAGCAAGAGAAGACUUCCAAGAUCUUUGUUGGUGGCGUUUCUCAGGAGACUACGGACCACGAGUUCCGCGAGUACUUUGCCCAAUUCGGCCGUGUCGUCGAUGCCACCCUCAUGAUGGACAAGGACACUGGCCGUCCCCGUGGUUUCGGCUUCGUCACCUUCGAGUCCGAAGCCGGCGUUGAGGCGUGUCUCUCUGCCAACCUUGAGAUCCAUGGUAAGCCCAUCGAAGUCAAGAAAGCCCAACCCCGCGGCAACCUGCGCGAGGAGGCCGAGGAAGCUGCGCGACGCGGCGGCGGCAAGUUCGGCCAGCGCCGCAGCGGUCAGCAAGGCGGUGGUAUGGAUGACGGCUCCGGUCAAGGCGGUAUGAAUGUCAUGGGCGGCAUGGGUGGCGCCGGCACUGCCGGUAUGACACCGCAACUCAUGGCCCAGUAUCUCCAGCGGAUGCAGCAGGCCUUCCAGAUGAUGCAGCAACAGAUGGCCAUGAACAGGGGCAUGCAAAACCCCAUGGUCCAAAUGAUGCAGAUGCAGCAGAUGCAACAAAUGCAACAACAGAUGAUGGCCGCUCAGCAAGCCCAUGCCGCAGCUCAGGCGGGUGCAGGACAGCAAGGCAGCGGUGGCCGCGCUGGUAGUGUCGGCGCGGGUCAGGGGCCUAACGCGCAGAACCCCCAGGCGAUGGCCGCCGCCAUGGGCAUGAACCCGGCGAUGAUGCAGCAAAUGAUGGGCGGUGCUGGCGGUCCCGGAGCCGGUAGUGCUGAUGGAGGUGCCGGUGGUCCUAAAGGGGGAUUCGGCGGCUUCGACGGACAGCAGGGUUUCGAUGGCCAGCAGCGCGGUCCCGGCGGCGGUAAUCGCGGUCCUCGCAACGAUGCCGCUGGUGGCAACUACGGCGGUGGAAUGCCCGGUGCUGGAGCGGGCUAUAACAUGGGCGCCACCAGCUGGGAGGGAAUGUACGAUGACGUCCCCCAACCAAUGAUGGGCGGUCCCGGUUUCGGUCCUGGCAUGGGCGGCAUGGGCAUGGGUAUGGGCGGCGGCAUGGGCGGUGGCGGUGGUGGUGGAGGACGUGGUGGUUUCCAUAAGGGUCGCGGCCAUCACCACGGCAGCGGCGGUGGUCAUCAGCAGGGCGGCCAUCAAGGCUCGCAUUCACCCGGCGGACCGGUCGACCCGGCCAGCGCACCUCCUCCUAACGCCCCUACGGGUCCCAAGAACGCUGGCAAGCCUGGUGCAAACUAUCGCGGUGGUGGAAGGGGUGGAUCCAGGGGCUUCCAUCCUUAUGCUCGGGGUUAA